CCAAGACGUGUAGUUAUAACUAGAAAUAUUAGAAAAUUUGGGAGUUCUCCAUUGAAGUUUCAUCGUAAGGAACGCCUACAUGUGGUUGCUAUAGCUGCAGGGAUGGUACACAGCAUGGUUCUUACAGACGAUGGUGCCUUGUUUUAUUGGGUGUCCUCUGAUCCUGAUCUUCGAUGUCAACAGCUAUAUUCGCUGUGUGGUAGAACUAUGGCCAGCAUUUCUGCGGGGAAGUACUGGACUGCAGCAGUUACAGCUACAGGUGAUGUCUAUAUGUGGGAUGGGAAGAAAGGAAAGAAUGAGCCCCCAAUUGCAACUCGGCUACAUGGUGUAAAGCGGGCUACUUCAGUUUCAGUUGGAGAAACACAUCUUUUGAUUAUUAGUUCUCUCUAUCAUUCUUUCUAUCCUGCAUACAUUUUGGAUAACACUCAAAAGCUAAAGGUAAACAUUAGGAAGGAAUUAGAGGAGGUAGAUGAAGAUUUUGUGUUUAACGGCAUGGAGUCUGAUGAAAUAUUAUCCACUAUGCGGGAGGAUGACCUAGAUUUGAGGCCCAUACCAAGCUUAAAAAGCCUUUGUGAGAAAGUGGCUGCAGAGUAUUUAGCGGAGCCACGAAGUGCUGUACAACUGCUUGAAAUUGCAGAUUCACUAGGGGCAGAUGACCUGAGGAAGCACUGCGAGGAGAUUGCAAUUCGUAACCUUGAUUAUAUCCUCACUGUCUCACCCCAUGCUAUUGCUAGUGCUUCAUUGGAUAUUUUAGCCAAUCUUGAGAAAUUGCUGGAUUUGAAAUCAUCUGAGCCAUGGAGUUAUCGACGGCUCCCAACCCCAACGGCUACUUUUCCUGCGAUUAUUAACAGUGAAGAAGAGGAUAGCGAGACUGAAUUUCUUAGGACUCGUGACAAUCAUUCAAAGAAACCAACCUCAAAGAAAGCAAGUGACCACAGAUUGGAUAGCUUUUUACAGCCGUAUGAUGAUGCAACUGAAGGCAUUGGCAAACAAGUUCGAGCUUUGAGGAAAAAGUUACAGCAGAUUGAGAUGCUUGAAGAGAGGCAAUCUAAGGGGAAUCAUCUUGAUGACCAGCAGAUUGCUAAGCUUAAGACCAGGUCAGCAUUGGAGAGCUCUCUUGUUGAGCUUGGUGUCCCACUUGAGACGGUGCAGGCAAAGGCAUCUUCUUCAGAUUCUCCUGAUGGGAAAGGGAGUAAAAAGGUGGAGGUAUCAAGAAAACAGAAGAGAAAGAGCAAACAAAAGGCAACACAAGUACAAGUGGUGCCCAGUAAUUGUGGGAUCAGUCCUGAACCAAACACUGUGAAAGGUUUCUUGGAUGUUGAAGUCUCUCAAGUCAAGGAUAAGGUGCAUAAUGCUGGGUUCUUGGGGCCCGUUGCUAAUCAAGUCAGAAAAUUGUCUCCUUCCUGCAUUAAGAAAGACCUUACGGACAUUCCAACAAAUAAAAGUUCUUCACUGACAGCAUCGAAGAAAAAGAAUAAAAAAGGUGGCCUCUCCAUGUUCUUGAGUGGUGCUCUUGAUGGUAUUACGGAAGAUGCUGCUCCAACACCACCAAUGCCCAAAAGUGAGGGCCCUGCUUGGGGUGGUGCUAGAAUUUCUAAGGGAUCUUCCUCUCUUCGUGAGAUACUGGAUGAGCAGAGCAAAUCCCAGGAGACCAAGCCAACUAGAAGCAAAGAUCAGGUGGAAGAUGUUUCUAAUGGGAAAGCUGGUGGGAAACUUCGAUUGAGUUCGUUUUUGCCUUCCAAUUCAAUACCUGUGCAAUCGAGUCAGACGUCACAGGUGCCUGAUGGAGAAAGUAGCACCCCUCCUUGGGCUGCUUCUGGGACUCCACCUCUCCUUUCUCGACCAUCUUUCAGGGAUAUCCAAUCACUACAGGGGAAACAACACCAGAGUCUCUCCCACAGUCCAAAGACACGAACCACUGGAUUUUCUGUUACUACUGGUCAAGGCUCACCAUCAGACUCUACCGGUCCGAGUCGUUGGUUCAAACCUGAGGUUGAUACCCCCUCCUCUAUCCGUUCAAUUCAGAUGGAGGAAAGGGCUAUAAAGGAUCUAAAACGUUUUUACAGCAGUGUUAAGGUUGUGAAGAACCAGUCUUGAGGAGGACCGUGUAUGUGUUGGGCAUGGUUUUUCAACCCAAAAGAUGCACAUAGUAGGUGGAGUGACCCGCUCCCUUAUAUGGCCUAGGAUCCCCUCCUCACUGAUGUGAGAUUCGCUUGACACCUCAACAGUAUGUUCAUCUGGUAGGUAGCUUUUGUUUUCGUUUACCAUUCUGAAUUCUUUCAUUUUAGUUCAAAGGCAAUGCUGUAAAUUGACUGUAUAGAUGAUUUAACUGUACAUUCGGUUCUUCUGUAUUUUUUAGUCUAUUUUCAGUGUAAGCUUCAGCCAUUCGCCUUACGUUGGCCGAUUAUUUACCCCUCGCAAUUAAAUUUGCUGGUUCUUUAUUCCCAU